GGGUCUGCACGCAGGUGGCCUCUACAGUGGGCAGGUGAUGCUCCAGGCACGAGCCCUUGCCUGAGUGGGCCUCAAAACCCACAGCUGCUUUCAUCCCAUGCCCACCGGGAUCCCAUGCACCCCACAUCCCCCCAGACACCUGCCCCAAGAGACUUUGUCCUGCGCCAUCAUGCCAUGUGUACUGCAGCUUUCAGAUCACCAUGCCCACGCUGGCACCGUGGGCAUAAAACAAUUCCCAACAUCCCCAAAGGGAGUUUGUCCCUGAUAGGAUCAGAACUGCCCACGCCCCGGUGCCAGGCGGGGUGUCCCCACCCCAGCAAACCCUUCUGCUCACCUAUAAUAGGCAAGGCUAUAAGGAAGGGCAUAGGCACUGCAGCUGCCCUCUGGCACCAUGCAGAGCUACCCGCAGCACACCAGCAUCGACGUGCCGCCCUAUGGGCAGAACAUGAUCACCACUGUUCCCAUCUCACCACAGCCGCCCCCCAGGGAUUUUAUACUCUGGUCCCUCUUUAACUUCGUGCUGUGCAACGCCUUCUGCCUGGGCUUCUGUGCACUCUCGUACUCCAUCAAGUCCCGGGAUAGGAUAAUUGCCAAGGACUUCAUUGGUGCCAGCAGCUACGGGAGGACAGCCAAGAUCUUUAACAUCAUUGCGCUCUGUGUGGGACUCAUCGUGACCAUCCUCUCCAUCAUCCUGGUGAUUCUCUACCUUCCGUUCUACUUUGUGAAGCCCUGAUCUGGCCUGAUGAAGAGGAGCAUUGCUGUGGUCCCAGUCCUCCUCCCCUCUAUCCCUACUCCCAUCAGUGUCCUGGUGCCACCCCCGCUGAGGUGACUCUGUUCGGGAUGAGACCUUGGGGUGAGCUCAAGACAAAUAAAGCUUUUUCCUUGUUCUA